CUUAUAAUAAUAAAUUAGAGAUGGCAUAAUAAAAUUACGGAGGCAACAAUUGAUGAAACAGGAAGGAGAAGCAGCCAGGGGAAGGAGGCAUGUUGACGGAGACCCGCCCGGGUCUCCCACGGAUUCCCUCUUAUUAAUAAAAUCGACCAAACUCACUAGUUGUAAAUCCUGAAUUUUGCCUAUUAUUAUUUGGACAAGGUUACAUUGACAAAUUCAAUUCCAAGCUGGUCUUUUCCUGGUAUAAUUUGCAACCCUAUUGAAGUGCUCCAUCGAUAUUGAAGCAAUUUGAACCGUUGAAAGUUAUUCUGAUGGGAAAAGCAUCGAGGGACAAGAGGGAUAUUUACUACCGAAAAGCAAAGGAAGAAGGGUGGCGUGCCCGAAGCGCCUUCAAGCUCCUUCAGAUUGAUGAGGAAUUUAAUAUCUUUGAAGGCGUGAAGCGUGUUGUGGAUUUGUGUGCCGCACCAGGCAGCUGGAGUCAGGUUUUAAGCCGGACGUUAUAUCUCCCCGCAAAGCUGUCACCUGAUACCAAGGAUGACGAUCUACCACUUAUUGUGGCUAUUGACUUACAGCCUAUGGCUCCCAUUGAAGGUGUUAUUCAAGUGCAGGGUGAUAUAACAAAUGCUAAAACUGCUGAAGUGGUUAUUAGACAUUUUGAUGGAUGCAAGGCUGAUCUUGUUGUCUGUGAUGGUGCACCUGAUGUAACGGGACUUCAUGACAUGGAUGAAUUUGUUCAAUCCCAGCUUAUAUUGGCGGGCCUAACCAUAGUCACUCACAUACUAAAAGGAGGCGGAAAGUUCAUAGCAAAAAUUUUUCGAGGAAAAGACACAAGUCUCCUUUACUGUCAGCUAAAACUGUUUUUCACAGAAGUGACUUUUGCUAAGCCAAAAAGUAGUCGCAAUUCUAGCAUAGAGGCAUUUGCAGUUUGUGAAAAUUACUCUCCACCUGAAGGAUUCAAUGAGAGAAACCUUUAUCGCCUUCUUGAACAAGUUGGAAGUCCAUCAGGCACUGGGGACCUAGAUUGCAGUAGUGGAUGGCUGGAAGGUCCUAAUAAGGUUUAUAUCCCAUUUUUGGCUUGUGGAGACCUGAGUGGAUAUGAUUCAGAUCGUUCAUAUCCACUUCCUAGAGCUGCAGAUGGAACCUAUCAGUGUUUAGAUCCUGUACAACCUCCGAUUGCACCACCGUACAAACGAGCUCUUGAAAUGAAGAAAGCUUCAAGUCAAGGAAUCCAUAAUCUUGACAAGCUCUCUCUUAACCCCUAAGCAAAAACAGUUCUCUUCUCCGACAUCUCAAAAGUUGCAGUUAUAUGUCACCAAACGUAAGGGCUCCUUCUCGUUAACUGGUCUUGUUGUCCCCACGGCGGGAUGUAUGGUUGGCGCGUGUCAUGAAUUUGAGUCUUGCCGUGAACCAAGCGUGAUAUUUUUUAGUAUAGGAGGGUAGAUGAACGAGCCCAUUAUUACGAAGUUCCAAAGUUCAAAACAACUUUUUUUUUGGGUCAUCAAUGGAUGAUAAUCAUCAGACACUUGUGUAAUAGCAUAUUGGGUGUUUUUAUUCUUCAAUUAACAGACAACGAUCACUGGUUAUGACAUUAUUUUCUGCAUUAGUGCUACUGAUGCUAUAAUGAGAAUCCUUUUAUUUUUUGGGAACGCCCGAGAAA